AUGUUUGCACUGCAGUCUCCGCUGCCGACCAACUCCGGCGGAGGCGCUGCCGGAGAUACGUCUCUGGUCAGAACUUACCGUGCUUGGAAAGGCAAUAACGAAUUUUGUCUUCGAGGGAGGCUUAUAUUCGGACCUGAUGGGAAAUCUAUACUGUUUACGGUCUUUCUUAUCCUUGCCCCUGUUGCUGUUUUCUCUGCUUUUGUGGCUAGGAAAUUGUUGGAUUAUUUUCCUCAUCACUGGGGAUAUUCAAUAUUGAUUGCAGUUAUUUUGCACACGAUAUUUGUAAGUCUCUACUUUGUUCUGUAA